CCAAUGGUCCUCAACAGCAACCAUGAGAGAACUCCAUUUGUUGAAUAUGUCAUACCCAUGUUUAAAUACCUAUCUAAAGAAACCGGUAUGCUUGAUUUCUCGUGGUGUGAAAAGCUAGUUCAAACUCAAAAAUACGCACAAAUCUCUGAAGUUGAUUAUGAAUCAAGAAGUACAGAUGCGAAAUAUGCUGAUGGUCUUGGAAAAGCCAAUAACUCCGAAGUUCUGUUUAUUGAAUCUUCCAGUGGUUUACUACAAGAGAAUAUUAGUCAUACUCUUGAAGACACCUUAAAGCUCUUAGUCGAAUGCAAUGGUGCACUUUGUUACAUCCUUCGUCAUUUUAAGAAUAGCCGAUUCAAAACAGCCUUGAAAAAAUCAACUUUUGGUGUUCAAGUAAUCAAAGAUACAGUCACUCUCUCCAAAAUGAACUUGAAAGAAGACCGAUUAUGGAAGUUUGUUGAAUUGAGAUCUGCAGUUAUCCCUACAAACUGGAGUGACCGU